AUGGCGAGCCAUAUCAGCAACGGCCAUGCGAAUGGCGACCAGAAGACCUCUAACAUUCGAGACUUGCCGAAGACGAAAAACUUUACGCAGAAGUUGCCUCCUGACUCCGAGUAUCCUACGCCAGCGGCAUCGCAUAAGACCGAACGAAAGCAGCUGGGGCCACGACUUGUGAAGAAUGCAGCAUAUACCUUCGUUCGACCGCAGCCGUUCAAGAAGUCGGAGCUUGUUGGGGUUUCAAAAGCUGCGUUGAAGGACCUGGCUAUCGAUCCAGCUUCUGUGGAGUCAGAAGAUUUUAAGAAGACGGUAGCUGGUGAACAGAUAAUAACGAUUGAUGAAGACAAAGAGCCGGGCGAUGAGGAUAUUUAUCCAUGGGCUCAAUGUUACGGUGGAUAUCAGUUUGGAUCGUGGGCUGGACAACUAGGCGAUGGCCGCGCUAUAUCUCUGUUUGAGGCGAACAACCCUUCAACUAAGAAGCGCUACGAGAUACAGUUAAAGGGCGCAGGCAAGACCCCAUACUCUCGAUUCGCAGACGGAAAAGCUGUGGUACGAAGCAGCAUUCGCGAGUUUGUCGUUAGCGAAGCUCUCCAUGCUUUGGGUAUACCAACGACACGCGCACUGAGUCUGACUUUGGGACCUGAGGAACAUGUCCGGAGAGAGAUGACCGAACCUGCGGCGAUAGUCGCACGAUUUGCCGAGACAUGGAUUCGAAUCGGUACCUUUGACCUCCCUCGAUCCAGAGGCGAUCGUGACAUGGUCAGGAAGCUUGCAGACUACGUUGCUGAGGAGGUCUUCCCUGGCUGGGAGUCACUACCUGCGCAAGUCCCAUCGACAGAUGAGAAAGAUGUGGUGGGACUCCAAGGUGGGAUCCCGAAGAAUGAAAUCCAAGGCGCGGGAGAAAAUGCCGAGAAUCGAUAUGCUCGUUUGUUCCGCGAGGUCGCACGCCGCAAUGCAAAGACUGUUGCACAUUGGCAGGCCUAUGCCUUUACGAAUGGUGUUUUGAACACAGACAAUACAUCCAUAUACGGCCUGUCUGUUGACUUCGGACCUUUCGCAUUCCUGGAUAACUUUGACCCGAGCUACACUCCAAAUCACGAUGACCACAUGCUUCGAUAUGCGUACAAGAACCAACCAUCGAUCAUCUGGUGGAAUCUCGUAAGGCUUGCAGAGUCAUUCGGAGAGAUAAUUGGUGCGGGACCAUGGUGUGACGAUCAGGAAUUCGUCGAGAAGGGCGUGCGACAAGAGAAAGCAGAUGAGCUCAUCAAGCGUGCCGAGACCAUUAUCGAGAAGACUGGUGAAGAGUACAAAGCCGUUUUCAUGGCCGAGUACAAACGUCUAAUGACAGCUCGUCUUGGUCUCAAGCAGAGCAAGCAGUCCGACUUUGAUGAGCUUUAUUCCGAGCUCUUGGACACCCUCGAGGCUUUGGAGCUGGACUUCAACCAUACAUUCCGACGACUAAGCUACAUCAAGACGCAGGAGAUUGACACCGACGAAAAGCGAAAAGACGUCGCCGGCCGCUUCUUCCACCAUGAAGGUCUUAGUGGCCUUGCAGGCAGCGAAGCCGACGCUCGUGAGCGUGUGGCCAAGUGGCUCGCCAAAUACCGCGAGCGAGUUCUCGAAGACUGGCCAGGCGCACAGGAAGAGGAGCGUCUGAGCGCCAUGAAAGCGGUCAACCCGAAGUUCAUUCCCAGGUCAUGGAUUCUUGACGAACUCAUCGAGCGCGUGGAGAAGAAGGGCGAGCGGGAGAUUCUUGACCGCGUAAUGGACAUGGCGCUGGCGCCGUUUAACGAGGAAUGGGGAUGGAACCGCGAGGAGGAAGAGAGGUUCUGUGGCGAUGUGCCCAAGUACCAGAGGGCUAUGCAAUGUUCGUGUAGCUCAUAG